ACUUAAAUCCUUCUCUAUCACUAGUAAGAAGGUUUAUUAUAAGAUUAUUAAAUGCAGCUUUUACUUUCACCUUCAAAAAACACUCCUCGAUUAAAUUAGAAUUUAAAAAAUUAGAGCUUCAAAGAGAUCAUAAAUGAUAAGGUUAGUUAGUUUAAGACUAAGCUCAUAAAUAGCUUUAAUCAGGAGACACUCUAAAAACUUAAAGAUUAAUAACUUUAAUAGUAGCAUUUACAAUAUGACUCUGAUUCAUAGGCUGAUUUAAUUGAAAAUAGUAAAAAUAAAGAAAAAAGUCCUUGCUCUUCAUCUCAUUCUGUAACUUUGGAAGAAAAUUCUUAGAUUUUGUAAAAAAAUAAAAUGAGUUCAUAUUCUUUUUUGAAUCUUUUGCCAGAAGCAAACCCGAUUCGAGACAAAUCACAAAAGGAAGAUUAAAUUAAAUUUAAAAGCACAUAAUGCAUAUUUUAGCUUAAGCAAGAUGACGAAUUAUUAGUUUUGGGAUAAUAAAAUAGUAGGGAGCCUUUACAUACGGAUUAUGAAAAUAAACUAUAAUAGAAUAAAACUUAAUUGAAUGCGAAUGAAUAGCAAAAUUGUUUAUCUAAAUCAUCAUCUCAAUCCUCAAAUCUCUAAGAAAAAAAUGAAAUUGAUGAAAGCUAAGAAAGCCAAAAGGUUUAUUAAGAAGAAAAAGAAUGUGCUGAGAAGCUAAAUAAAUAAGUAAAACAAAAGUAAAAAACGAAAGAAAAGAAAUAGUCUGAAUCAGCAGUGUAUGAAAAUUUAAAAGGCUAAACAGCUUGUUAAUUUUACUAGAAUGAGGAAUCCCAAAAAUCAACAGGUGUAAAGCUGAUUUAUAAAAAGUAAAAUCAGCACAUGCUAGUUAAUUUAUAAAAUAGAAUUUAAGUUAUUAAAGACACUCAAAGUAAGAAAUUCAUGUUAUAGUCUGAACUAAGCAAUACAAGAAACGAAAAUUUGGUAUUUGAUAGUUAAUUUGAAAGUGGAAAUCUGGCUUCUGCUUAUAUGAUAAAUGACUAAAAAUACAAUUUAUUAGUUUAAUAAGAUUUAAACACAAAUGGUUAUACCUAAUGGUUCUAUUUUAAAGUUACCAAUAAAAUUAAGAGCCAAAAAGUCUAGUUCACAAUUGGCAAUUUUUACAAAAAAGAUUCUCUUUUUUAAAAGGGAAUGAAGAUAUCAGUUUUUAGUAAAAAAAAGUUAGAAUAUUCAGGAAUAGGCUGGCAUAAAUCUGGAUUUAACAUAAAAUACAGUUCAUCCACUAUAUAAAAAGGUGUAAGUUAUUUCUCUUCUAAUUAAAACGGGAAAGUUUCUUAUCUGCUCCAGUUUAAAUAUGAUUUCGAAUACGAUGAGGAUGAAACCUAUUUUGCAUACAGUGUACCAUAUACUUACUCAUAGUUGUAAAAAUAUCUUAACAGUAUUUUAUCUUAAAAUUAUACUUUUUUCUCAAUGCGCUCCCUAUGCAACACACUUCUUGGAAACCAGCUUUUCCUCAUAACAAUAACAAACCCUAUUACUAAAUAAAAUCAAGAUCUUCAAAAAAAGGCUAUUUUUAUUACUUGUAGAGUUCACCCUGGAGAAACAAUAUCCAGCUAUGUUUUAGAAGGGCUAAUUAAUUAUUUGCUGAGUGAUUCAGAAGAAGCUUAUUAAUUGAGAGAGUAAUUUAUAUUUAAAAUAGUUCCCAUGCUCAAUCCAGAUGGAGUUAUUCAUGGGAAUUACAGAUGUUCUUUAGCAGGAUGCGAUUUAAAUAGAAGGUGGAGAUUCCCAAUUAAAAAUGUUCACCCUGAGAUAUACUAUACAAAGAGAGCAAUAUAUGAAUUAAAUGAAAAUUAUCCACUUAUACUUUAUUGUGAUCUGCAUGGCCAUUCUCGGAAAAAGGACUUUUUCCUUUAUGGCUGUGAAGAAAGAAAUGAUUUUUAUUCAGUUAGGGAGUUUCCAUUCAUUUUAAGCAAGAUUAAUCCAUUUUUUGAUUUCAAAAGCUGUGAUUUUAGGAUUUAUAAGAGCAAGGAGUCUACUUCUAGAUAGACUUUAUUUAGAGACCUUAACAUUGAAAAUAUAUUUACUAUAGAAACAUCUUUUUGUGGACCUUCUAGCCUUUUGAUACAUUUUAAUAUUGAGGAUUUAAAGCAAAUAGGAGCGUCGUUAGCUAAAUCAAUUUUAUGCAGAUUCUCAAAUGAAAAAGAAGAAUGCCUUAAAAAAAAUAAUAUCAACCUUUAAGAUUUGCAGGAAUUAAUUUAAAAUAAUAAAAAUUAAGAUGAUUGUGAAAGUGAUGGAUCAGAUAGCUAGCCUAGUUGUGAUAAUUUAGAUGAAAAAGAACUUGUUUAACUUUUGCCUACAAAUGAUGAAUAAUAGUCUAAUAAAAAGAAAAGGAAGCGCGUAGCAAGUUCUUAUUAAAAUAGGAUUGUUAUUACAAAAUAUUUUUCAAAAUCCCCAAUUAGAGAGAAAGAGAGAAAAGAAGAAAAAGCUAUUUCUUAAGAUCUGAAGGAAUUAAAAAAGUAACCAAGUAGGCCUUUAACUUAAAUUUCAGGCAAACAAACUCUACUUAAAACAUAAUAAGAUAUUUUAGAAACUGAUACCUCACCUAAAAUAUAUAAUUUUAUUAACACUUAAUCUAGAAAAACUCCAAUUAAGUGCCAUCCAGCAGAUAACUACCAAAUUAUUAAUACUAAUAUUUAAUAGCAAAUUAAUUCAGUAAACGAAUUUACUCCUUUAUCAGCAAAUUUACCUAAUAAACAAAAAUUAAUACUCUAUCAAAACGAGAAAAAUUAAUUUUAAAAAAAUUAAAUUUUAUGUCAACACAAGCUUUAGCAAUAAAAGGAAAUUGCAGAAGAUAAAUAAAGGCAGAAUUAAGAAGAUUCAAUAUAAAAGAAUUUUGAGGGUAUUUCAAGAAAUACAAACUAUUUUUAAAAAUAAAAUUUUAGAAAAAGUUAAACUCCUCAGCCACCAUUUAGGAGCCAAACAUCAAAUAAUACAAUAUAUAGAAAUGAAAGUGAUAAAAAAAGCACAAUUCCUGAAGAUAUUAUGACCAAAACGAAUCCAAGAUUUUAUUCCAAAUUUCAAAAGGAAGGACAAUAUGAAAAUUUAUUAGAAAAUAAUUAAGCUGAAAAUGAAUUUGUUGAAAAUAAUAACUAAUCAGAGAUAAAUUAGAUAAAAGAAUCCAUUCAGCCAUAGUAACUUUUAGCUAACAAAACAAGUGAUGGCUAAUCUACUCUAGUUGCAACAGUAUAUAGUAGUAAUCCUAAAAAUUAAACAAAAAAUUCUUACAUGCACUUCUUAAAUUCAAAUGCAAAAUUAGACUAUUUCUAGUAAGGCUUUGCAGCAGAGUUUUAACAAACUACUUAAUUUUUAAACAAUAACAAUUAAUAUAAAAAUAGAACAAACUAAUUCUUAACUGGAUAUAAACUAUCUAAUUUGUAAAGAUACAUUUAGCAGCAUUAAUAAAAUAUAGCAGUUAAAAAAAUAAAGACUGUUAUGUCGUAGAAUAGUCCAAGUCCAAAUCAACGUUUACUUAACAGACAAAUAACAUCAGCUUAGAUCAAGUCUGAUCAAAAAAAAUAAAACUCAUUACGAACUGAACCUGAAUUAUUUUUAUCAAAUAAUUUCCAAAAUGGGAAAUUACAAACUGAACAACAAGACUUUGAUUAACUUUAUGAAUUAAAUCCCAGUCUAAAUAACUAUUUAUUUUAGUAAGAAUAACUUCUAAAUAGUUAAAAUUAAAAUAAAAAUAAUAAAACACCUGAUCGAAUCAUUCAAGAUAGCUAAAAUUAACAAAAUGCAUCAAAUCAGUUUAAAAAUAAACAAAAUCUAUUGAAUGAAACUUAACACAGUAGAAUGGCUUAAACUAGCUACUUAAAAUAAAGGAACUAUGAAUAAUAGCAAGCCUAUGAUGUAAACAGGAAAGAAAUAUUGAAUAAAAAGCCAAAAGAAUAAUAAAAUACAUAAGAUCAAAUGUAUAAUUUUGCAUUCGUCAAUAGCAACUUAAACAUAUUUAGUAACCAAAUAGUUUAAAAUCAAUUAAAUAAUACCUAAAACAAAACAAAUAAUAAUAUUUUUUAUUAAACAACAAGUAAUUUUGCAAACAAUAAUUAUACCUAAUUAAACUAUCAACCUGAAAAACCCAAAUUCUUAGUGAAGGAUACUGAAAGAGUAUCUCCAUUUAGAAUGAUCUCUUAAGAUCAAACUAUCAACAAUUUUCAAAUUAAAAGUUUAUAAUCUAACUAUUCAAAUUAAAAGUAAUAAAUUUUACAAUAAAAGCAGGCAAAUAUUUAAAGCAAAAAACUAAACUAAACGUAAAUAAUAGAAAAAGAUAUAAACACAGCCGAACACCUGCUUAAUUAAAAACUCUAAAAUAAAUAUGAAAUAGUCUAUAGUCGCAAGAGAUCAUUUACAAAUGUUUAAGCUAAAUUAAAUUAACAAUAGCAAGAAUGA